AUGGGAGAGAAAAUUGAAUGGAACGUAAUUAUUUACGAUAAGCCCAACACUGACCGUACAGGUGUUAGACCUCAACAUAUGGCUGAUAUUCCAAGCGCAGUCAAUUCUGGAAUUGUGAAGCUGGCAGGUGCUAUUUACAAAGAUGCAUCCAAGACUCAGUUUGCUGGUAGCGCCUUUCAUUUGAUGGCUGAAAACGAAUCGGAAAUCAUUGAGUUCUUGAAGAAGGAUAUCUACUAUAGAGAAGGUAUUUGGGAUAUUGAUAAUGUUAUCAUUAACCCAAUAGGUGUUGCAAUCAGAUCAACCAAGUACAUGAAUGGUACUGACGAAUCAUUGUAUAAGAUCUAA